AUGCGGCCAUCUCUCGCGCGGCGUGCCGGCGCUAUUUCGGCGAUUUUAACCAGCAGUGUGAUUUAUCUCGCCCAUUGGGGCGGCUUGACCUCCUCGUUUAGUAUUCUCGUCUUGGGGGGGGCGUUCUUUCGGUCGCUUUCGUUGAUUCCGACAAUUUACGGGGAUCAGUGCGUGGCGCGUAUGGCGCUAGCGAUGCCAGAGCUCCAAAAAAACCAUUGCGACUAUCUCUACAUUUCGGAACACCCCAACGCGCUAAGCUGGGAACGACGGAUCGCCGCGCAUAAGCUCAAAAACGACCGAAAUCGUCUAUUUCGCAGCUACCAAACGAAUAAUUUAAAAAUAUUCGUCCCGUACACCGUAGCGAUGUUCUUUUUGUUUUAUUCGCUUUGCAUUCCCUCUCACCUUCUGUGGGAUCGUCUCGGGAAAGGGAAAACGGUGCCGAUCGAUUUGUUGGCGAUUUGCGGAAUUGACCCCACCCUCUCGCUCGCCUCGGGGCUGACGUUAUUCAGCAUUCUUCAGCAUUUACGCCGUCGACGUGGGUUUAAUGACCGGAUGGAUCGAUGGGAGUCCAAAAUGCGGCGUCGGGCUUGCAGGCUUUACGGAAUUGUGGCCCUUGGGAGCUUGAUGUUUGGCUUGAUUGCCCGUGUGUGGAUGGGGGACGGGCUUGCAGGGGGGUCGACCGUGCUGCCGUUAAUCCCACCGUAUUUCGCGCCGGUAUGGCUCGGCAUGAGCCUUGUGGGGGCGGUGAAAACGGCACUAAUCAAUCAAACCCCUCCAGGGCGCGCGCUCUGUCGAAUCUCGGACUAUCCCCCUCAACAUGGAAGUUAUGGGGCGGUGGAUACCUCGGAAGGGCAUGAAUAUCGUAUAGAUUUCACAAGUGUGGAGAUGAUGGACCAGAAAGCACGCUGGACGGCACAAAAACGAAUGUUGGAGUACGAAUUUGACAUCCGUAUCCAUCGAUAUCUCAACAAAACCGGGAUUUUCACGGAGUUGGAUGAAAUGCAACAUGAGGCGGAGCGGCUGAAGAAAAUGUGCGCCGUCGCGCAUGGGCUAAACCGUGGGAUGCGGGAGAAUAAGGAGACAGCGGGCCAAACACCCCAUCAAAACAACGUAGAUCACACGAACAAUCGCAAAUACUGA